AUGGAUAAGACCAGCCCAGGCCCAGCCGCAGACUGGACUGGGUGGCAGCCCAGGGAACCCAACAGUAACGGAGAAGGCUGUGUCAACCACCUCGGGGCCGGAUGGAACGACGCGCCGUGCUCGUCCGCAUCCAACUUCAUCUGCCAGCUAAAGGACGCGCUAGCGAUCCGCUGCCCCCUCGGGUACUUCCGGUGCGGACACGGACAUGCCUGCACCCUGACCUGGAGGCGGUGUGACGGGAGGACGGACUGUUCGGACGGGAGUGACGAGGACGGUUGUGAGUGCCUGCCGAUUCCUGUGGAUUUCAACCUCGGCGGUAGACUUACAAUGUUACCCAAUCAGCUGGGCCAGACGACGUUUGAGGAGAUACAGAAUUCCUCUGCUGUGGACCUGCUCAUCAGUUCGCCCACAAACGGACAGAACCGACAUCCCGAGUUCCGGGAAUUCGCAUCUACAGUGAUUUUCCCGCAAUGUGCUGUACCCAAAGAGAACGACACUACCUGCUCUUUGUCUCGUCAUGCAGACAACGCGACCUCUUGCAU